ACCCGUGACCGCCGCCGCCACUGUUCUCUCGGGAUCCAUCCUGAUCCAGCAGCCGAUCCAGCCAACCACCAGCUCCACCCAUCGAUCCAACCCGCAGCCAACCACUCCCUUCCUCGUUUUCAACAUCAGAUCAACCAGAGCCCCGCCACCUCCGGCUAAUCUCUAGUUCCGCUCCACAUCGUCCCCAACUCAGGUCAUGGCUCCGCCCCGCUCACUGUUUCUCCUUCCCUUUUUCUUCUGUUCCCUCUGGUUCCCUCUCACCUCCUUCCCGUCUUCUCAGGGAACCCACAGAAGGUCGCCACCGGCAUGAACGUCGCCUCCUCAAGCUCUCCGCCCGGGGCCUUCUUCUGCUUCAAUCCAGCUCCGUCCUCCGCGCCAAACAAGGUCUGCAUCGCCGCGCGCCUGCAUCCGCGAGGGAGACGACGUCGAUGCCUCCCUGGUUCCUCUGCAAUGUACGCCCAUCCCCGACCGAUUCUGCAGAGACGCCGCCCGUCUUCUUCGUUCACAGCGAGCACGGCUGCUGUCCUGCUCGCGCGCGUCAAGUUCCUCUUCAUCUUGCUGCCAAGUCCGUGUCGCCUCGCCGUUGUACCCCAUCCUCGACCUCACCAGCAGGCCCCAAGCCUCCCUCCGCGCCGUCCAGGAACAGCGCUCGCCCGCCUCCAUGCUUGUUUUGGUUCGGGAGAGGAGCUCCCGUCCGCACCAUCCCAAGCCGGACCUCGCCGAAGAAACAGCAUCGCCUCCUUGACCUUCGGCCUGGCCGGAUCCGCCGCGCCUGCGUGGACCUUGCCCCUUACCCGGAACCGCCGCCUACAGGUCUGUUCUCGGUCGGGUCCGUUGUUGUCACAGUUUCUCUGUCGAACGAGCAAGCUCGAACCCCAGCGCCAAGUCCAGCCUGCUCGAUCCCCUGCUUCAGGACCGAGAUGUCGAACGCUGCCGCCGCGCGUUGACCGUCCAGCUUGCCGAGGCCCAGCGCCAGAUCGCUACAUGGCCCAGAUCUGCCAGCUCCCUCUUGGCCCAAUUUUGCAGGUGCCGAUGUUGCCGAGCAGGUGACGCAACCAAGCUCAGGAGGAGCUCG